AUGAAGAUCACUACUUUAGUUGCUUCUAUUUUGAUGAGUGUUCUUUUAGAACCAGUGAUUGCUUCGUUUAUCGAUACAGGCAAGGAUACGUCUGCAUAUAACAGGCCUUUAAUUCAUUUGACACCAAAUGUUGGAUGGUUGAAUGAUCCGAACGGUUUAUUUUACGAUAAGAAAACCAGUGUUUGGCAUGCAUACUACCAAUACAAUCCAAACGACACAAUAUGGGGGCAGCCAUUAUACUGGGGGCAUUCUAGUUCUAAGGAUUUGACACAUUGGGAAGAACAUCAGGUUGCACUUGGUCCUCAAAAUGAUGAUGAAGGAAUUUUCUCUGGGAGUAUUGUGAUUGAUUACAACAAUACGUCUGGUUUUUUUGAUGAAUCUAUUGAUAAGGAUCAAAGGGUCGUUGCAAUUUAUACCAAUUCCAUUCCGGACACCCAAACUCAAGACAUCGCCUAUUCUUUAGAUGGAGGAGAAACCUUUACUAAAUACAAAAAAAAUCCAGUCAUAGACGUAAAUUCUACUCAGUUCCGUGACCCAAAGGUUUUCUGGCACGAGGAAACAAAUAAAUGGAUCAUGGUCGUUCUGAAGUCUCAAGAAUAUAAAAUCCAGAUAUUUGGUUCUCUUGAUUUAAAGACCUGGGAUUUACAUUCGAAUUUUACAUCGGGUUAUUUAGGUAAUCAAUAUGAAUGUCCAGGAUUAAUUAAGGUUCCAAUAGAGAAUACGAAUGAUUACAAAUGGGUUAUGUUUUUGGCAAUUAACCCAGGUUCUCCAGCUGGUGGAUCUAGCAACCAAUAUUUCAUUGGGGAGUUUGAUGGUUUUGAAUUUAAACAAGAUGAUUCGAUUACUAGGGUAAUGGAUGCUGGUAAAGAUUUUUACGCUUUCCAAACAUUUAGUGAUAACGAGCAAGAUGUAAUCGGUUUAGCAUGGGCAUCUAAUUGGCAAUAUGCCAAUGUUGUACCAACUAAUCCUUGGAGAAGUUCAAUGUCUUUGGCUAGAAAGUAUACUUUGGGCUAUGUCAAUCAAAACGUCGAGACCAAAAUAAUGACAUUAAUACAAACCCCUAUUUUAAAUAAUCUUGACGUUAUAAACAAAGUCGAGAAAAACAAUCAUUUGUUGACUAAGAAUGAUUCGGUUAUUACGAACUUUAGCUCUUCUACAGGUUUACUUGAUUUUAAUACCACGUUUAAGGUUGUCGGAGAGAGCAUCGAUAGCAACUCACUCUCCAAUAUAGAGAUUUUGAUUCAUUCCCAGAUGUCGAAUUCGAGUACUGAAUCGAUAAAAGUGGGAUUUGACAGAAGUGUAUCUGCGUUCUAUUUUAAUCGUGAUAUUCCAAAUGUUGAAUUCAAUAACAACCCUUAUUUCACUAACAAGUUCUCAACUUACGUCGAGCCAUCACAUUAUGAUGAAGAUGAUAUGCCAGUUUAUAAGAUCUACGGAAUCGUCGACAAAAAUAUUUUAGAGUUAUAUUUCAAUGAUGGUACUCAAACCAUGACAAACACGUUUUUUAUGAGUGAAGAUAAGUAUCCACAUCAAAUUGAGAUUGCAAGUAAUGUGGACGGUCAAUUCGAAUUGCAAAGCUUGUUGAUUAGAGAAUUAAAUAAUUAA